AUGUCGUCCCCGCAGCCCCCUCGCCAGUCUCUCCUACAGAAUCUGUCCACACAAUCUCUUCUCCUCACACACCUGUUUACCGCCCUCUCCUUACCCCUCACACCACAAACCCCGCCUCAGAUCUCUCAAUUACACACAGCCCUUCAGUACUCUGCCUUGGACCUUGCGGGGCUUGUGAGGGAAGUCGAGGAACAUCAGAAGCUCUGGAAUAAGCUGCAAGAGAAGAAAGAAGAGGUAAAGCAGCUCGAGAGACGGGUGAGGGGGCUAGUUAGAAGCCUGGAAGAAGGGAGAAGGACACUAGAAGGCAUGGUGGAUCAAGGAGUGAAGGAAGUGGCAGCAAUUGACAAGUCUGAGAAGGAACCCAUACUUGCCAAAACACUUCUCGCCCACGCUCAAGCAUUAGGCAAGCACUCCUCAGCGCCCGUCUCUACUCUAUUAGCUCCAGUAGACAGAGCACAAUACACUCCUUGGCCGACUGAGAUGAACAUGCGAAUGGGAUUGCUGUUCCAGCUCGAGGGCAGCAUGAGCGGGAUGGGCGAGACAGGCAUGGUUGGGGACCAACAAGCAGCGCAACCAGAAGUGGAAGAACGGAGAGAAGAGCCUGUACAAGUGGAAGAGUCUGGCAGACGGUACGAUCCGAAUGCCGUCUUCCAGUUGGACCUCAACUCGGACGACUCGGAUGACGAUUAG